CAACAACACACUCAUCCAUCAACUCGACAUUCGACUUUAAUUCAUUCUUUCUCCAUCUCAGUCUCCGCCGAGUCUCCAUCUUCUCAUCGCGAUACCCCCAUCAUCCACUUCUACAUCUCUCUCCCUCUCAUUCGGCCAACUCAAAGCGCUCCUCCACCCCGCACGCGCAGCUCGAGCCUGUACCCGACCGUCAACUAAAUGGCGCGUCUGGGCAACGACUCUCCUGCCGUGGAGCCUGAUGCCGGCCCCGCAGAGGACCUCUCAGGCGACGAUGACCUGCUCAACCACAUUCUCGUCAACACGAUCGCGCAGAACAGCCCCAAAGGCAUCGGGCUGCACCCCCAAACCGUCGGCUACGUCGGGCCCACAGUCGCGUACGACGAAGUCUUGGAUAUUCUACAGCGCCACGUCAUCGAGACCGGAAACAUCGCCGCUGCGUCCGAUGAGUUCUUGGUAUGGGGUCCCAUCAAGGAUCAUCUCGAGACGCGGACAACCAAUGUCCGCAAGGGACGCUUCAUCAAACACCUUCGCCGCUACCUCAUGAUCUACGGUCCCACGUCGCGCGUCGAAAUCUUCAAGACAGACCGCUACAAGGAGGUCACACUCCACGACGAGCUGGGCGUAUAUGCGACGCGCAACCUCGAAGAAGGAGCUAUUGUCGACGAGCUGCAGGGCUCGGUCGUCAAGUUCCCGAAGUCUUGGGAGGCCGACCUGGAGCGCGGUCGCUUCCGGGACGGCGCUGCGGACGAUCUCGAGGAAGACGAGGACGAGGAAGGGAGCGAGGAUGAAGAGGACGACGACGGCACGCGCAAACGUAACAGGAAACCGUCUGCUCCUCAACGGCGUAGUGAACGCACGGGUCGGCGCGACUUCUCCGUGCUGCGCUCGUCUCUCAAGAACUGUUUGCAGCUCUUUCUGGGUCCAGCGCGCUUUUUGAAUCAUGACUGUGACAAUAACGUCGAGCUAUAUCGCAAAGAGGGCUACGUGACCUUCAAGGUCUUACGCCCCAUCAAGAUCGGGCAAGAGCUGACCACCUUCUACGGCCCCGAUUACUUCGGUAGAGCCAAUCGAGAAUGUAUGUGCCUGACAUGCGAAAUUAGCGGAAGCGGUUACUACAAGGAUAACCCAUCCAAGAGGACGCUGGCGGAGGCGGCAAAGCGCGCUGCGUCUGAGGGAGCUACGUCCCGUCGCGCUGCGGACUCGGACGACGAGGCUGCUGAUACACCUCUAUCGACACCACGCAAAACCCGCAGACAUCCAGGUUCUGCCAUGGACUCGAUGGCGGCAUCUGAAGACGAGGAGAACGAGGAGCCGGAGCGUCGCUGCCAGCCUAAGCGACGUGCGGUACUGAAAGCCAAAAAGAUCGACUGGGGGCUUGGCAUCCCCGGGCGUCGCCGCCAGGCUUACCAAGAGGAGACCGAAACGCAGGCUGGUGAUUCCGAUUCCGAUGCUUCGGGUGACGCCACUGAUGCAGGUCGCUGCCUCACGUGUGCAGCAAAGACCAAGUCAUUAUGGGUGCGUAAUCAGGAGUUCCUGCUCUGCCAGCGUUGUUGCCGGCACGCCAUGAUCUUCUUGUUACCGUGGCCCGCCCAUCGCAAGGCCGAUGUCCGCGAAUAUCCUCCGCCACACCUUCUCCCUCGCAAAUACUAUCCGCCGCAGAAGGUAUCGCAAGUCGAGCUACCCACCUAUCUCCCCAAGCCCCGUGCUCUGCAGCGGGUGGAGCAAACUGCGGCCGCCGCCGCCGCCGCCGCGACCGCCCAGGCAAAGGCGCUACUGCGUGCUGCCUCGAGCGAGAUUCCGGACACCAAAGAGCACCGCCUAGCGCGCCACCGAGCGACCGAGACCGCCCGCAACGAGUUCGAUUUCGAGAUGGCCGCCCGAAGCGCUUGGGACAAGGAAGACGCGAGACGCGAAGCCUUGGCGUCCGUUGCCAAAGCUCGCGAACGCGCCAAGGCCCAGCGUGCCGAGUCCAGGCGUAAGAUGGAUGAGGGCAAACAGAAGGGCGUUGGCCUCUGGAGCCGGUACACGACCGAGACGCACGAGCAGCGCGAGGAGCGCGAGCGCAAGAGGUUCCAAUUUGUCACUGGCACGCGCUCUGGGCGCAAGAUUCGUGCACCAUCCGAGGGCGAGGCUGAGGUGGAACGGUUAGCUCGCGAGGCCUUGUUGAAGGAGCGCGAGCGCGAGCUCCUGCAGUCUGAGAAGCAGCGCGAAUGGAGGGAGCGGGACAAAUCGCGCAGGGUGAAGGCUUCGGGCCGCGCCUCAGACAGCGAGGUCGACUCAAAUGACGAUCUGGCCGAACUGGACGACCUGGACGAUCUGGACGAGCUGAACGAGCUUGGAGCCAACGUGGCGCAGAUCGAAGCAGCAAACGUAGCACAGAUCGAGGCAACAACCACCGCGGUGGAAGCCGAGUUUCCUGAACCCGACCCCGGCAUUAUUCAGGACAAACUUCUGCUGGCCGGCGGCGAGGAGGGAGAGGAAGACGAAGACGCGGAGAAUGAGGCGCUGGGUCGUGAGGCCGGCACUGCCCAGAAUCCCUAUUAUAUCGACGACGACGAUGACGACGACGAUUCCCCGAUUCUUUUGUCUGACCCUCCUUCCUCUGUGAAGAAUGAAACUUCGCGGAAAUCGCCACAGCAGCGACGACGCCGGCGUUCAUCUCGCCCGGUCGAGGAUGAUUCUGACUCCGACUCGUCCGUGAGGCCCGGGGCUAGUCGCCUUGUGACGUACCGGUCUCUCCAUACCCCGCUACAGAAUUUGUCGAGGGCUCCUCCCCACGACGUUAGCGCAACGAGAGACUCUGACUCCUCGAGCGCGGACGGCAACUCGCCACAGAAGGCGAUCACGAUCGAGGACAGCGACGAUGAAGAUUGGCCUGUGCGCCCUCCUAGGCAGAGUCGUCCGCUCAUGUCCUCCCAGCACCGUCGGAACGGCCACCAUAGUUUGCCCUUACGCGGGACACUCGGCGACACACUUCGGGCGCCAGCGUCCGGUCUGGAAGGAGCGCCAGCUACCUCGGUAGUUCUUGCCGCACUUUCAGAGCCUGCGGAGCCCGCACCCCGCUCGUAUUAUACUGCAUUACAGCAUAAGCAGCACGGUGGCACGCUCCGCCACGAGCGGCACAAGCAGGUCACUAGCAGCUCGAGUGCGGCGCGGCAAUACGGCCUGACGCGGAACGGGGCACUCGCUCCAUCUGGCAACCAGUUGCCCCGCCGUGACCUCUCCGAGAUGAGCAUCGACGAGGCUUCACCGCAGGACGGGGUGAGCGCUGACGACGACCACGAGGCGCGCUCGGCCGAGGGCGUGGAGCGCGUCGUCGAGUCCAGUUCGCGCUCCAAUUGCGAUGACUCUGCCUCUGGACCGUCGAAUGGGCACAAGCAUCACGCUCCACUCAGCAACAACCCGCCGAGCAUCACGCCCGCUAAGCGUUCCCAGAAGCACGACCGCCUUUCCAACGAGUCCCAUAAACCGCGCAAGAAGAGUCGGACCUUCUUCCGAGUUCAACAAGAGUUGAAACUUCCCCGAGUUCCCCCUACACUGCCUACCCCGAUGACGUGGUCGGGCCGCGACGGUUUCCCCUUCUGAGUACGGACAUGCGUUCUACACUGUAUCCGUGACCUGGAUGCCUGUAUCAUUAUGCACACUUUGUAAUUUGACG